GGGUGAAGGAGAACAGUUGUAUUCUGACUCGUGCUGAGAGGCACGCAGGGUCUUUUGGAAACCAGAGAAUCCGUGUGAACGUGGGGCUUCAGGACACAGCACUGUCCUUGAGUUUAGGACAGAGCCACUGGCAAGGCUGAGCCCUUCAGAGAUGCUGGUACCACCUCUGGGAGGGUGUGCUGAAGAAGGAAGGUGGGAAAAAACUCCACAGCAGGCAGAGAGAGGAGUGUGAAGAUGUGGGAGAAGCCCAGGAGAAUUCAGGGUCAGGGCAGGAGGUGCAGAUUCCCCUGGAGCAGCCCAUGGAGAUCCCUGGGGAUGCAGAGAUCCACCUGAAGAAGGCUGUGACUCUUUGGGAAGCCCAGGCUGGAGCAGGUUUGCUGGCAGGACUUGUUAACCCUGCAGGGACCCACUCUGGAGCAGGCAGCUCCUGAAGGAUUUCACCCCAUGGAAAGGAGCCAGGCUGGAGCAGCUGGUGAAGAGCUCAGGAGAAGUUCAUGGAGGACUGUCUGCUGUGGGAGGGACUCCACCCUGGAACAGGGACAAUUAUUCUGAGUGACGGCCCUUGCUCACGCUUCUGAGUGGUUAUCAUGGGCUUCAUUGCCUUCCUGAAGACCCAGUUCAUAGUUCACCUCCUCAUUGGGUUUGUCUUCGUUGUCAGUGGACUGAUCAUUAACUUCAUUCAGCUAUGCACGCUGCUGCUCUGGCCCCUCAACAAGCAGCUUUAUCGCCGAGUGAACUGUCGCCUUGCCUAUUCCCUUUGGAGCCAGUUGGUGAUGCUGCUGGAAUGGUGGUCAGGCACGGAGUGCACCCUGUUCUCAGACGAGGCCACGGUGAAAACCUUUGGGAAGGAGCACGUCAUCAUCAUCCUCAACCACAACUUUGAGAUCGACUUCCUGUGCGGCUGGACCAUGACGGAGCGCUUCGGGGUGCUGGGGAGUUCCAAAGUUCUUGCUAAGAGAGAGCUGCUAUAUGUGCCCCUAAUUGGCUGGACGUGGUACUUCCUUGAGAUUGUUUUCUGCAAAAGGAAAUGGGAAGAGGACAGAGAUACAGUUAUUGAGGGAUUGAAACGUUUGUCUGAUUAUCCUGAGUAUAUGUGGUUUCUGCUGUACUGUGAAGGAACUCGUUUCACAGAGACCAAGCACCGCAUCAGCAUGGAAGUAGCUGAAUCCAAGGGGUUGCCUAAACUGAAAUACCACCUGUUGCCCAGAACCAAAGGUUUCACCACUGCUGUCCAGUGUCUCAGGGGAACAGUUUCAGCAGUGUAUGAUGUAACACUAAAUUUCAGAGGAAACAAGAACCCGUCUUUAUUAGGAAUUCUUUAUGGAAAGAAAUAUGAAGCAGAUAUGUGUGUAAGGAGAUUUCCUCUGGAAGAUAUCCCUCAAGAUGAAAAGGAAGCUGCAAACUGGCUUCAUAAGCUUUACCAGGAAAAGGAUGCUUUGCAAGAGAUGUAUAAUCAGGAAGGUAUAUUUCCUGGCAAGCAGUUUAAACCUCCUAGGAGACCAUGGACUCUCCUAAAUUUUCUUUUUUGGGCCACAGUUCUCCUCUCUCCUCUCUUCACAUUUGGCUUUGGAGUUUUUGCAAGUGGAUCACCUCUCCUUAUCCUUGCAUUCCUGGGACUUGUAGGAGCAGCUUCCUUUGGAGUUCGUAGACUGAUAGGAGUAACUGAAAUAGAAAAAGGCUCCAGCUAUGGCAACCAGGAAUUCAAGAAAAAGGAAUAACUGACAGCUGCAGUUCAGCACAUAUAACCAGACUAUGGUAUCCGAUUAACUUCAGUUAAAAAACAACAACAAACACUUAGAAACUAUCUUUUUCUUAAUAACUGAUGACUAAUAUUAAUGAAUAAAACUUGAGCCAAGAAUGAAGAAGUUGGAGGCAUUGGCUGAAGAGAAUGCACCAACCUUCUGCCUCUUCAAGGAUUACUGUAGUCAAGCUGUGGGAGAAAAUCUGGGGUGGGGUGGAAGAAGAAACUAAUUUUUCUUGCUUUUUUGGGGGAUUGGGGUGGGGGAGAAAAGAGGGCACUGGCCAUGGCCACGUGUAUCUUCAGAUGACUGAAAACACUGGUUUCUGUCAAGAGCACUACACUCACUUUUACAACAGGAGCCAUUGAAUGUUUCCUCUUGCUAAAGCCAACGUAAUGUUUAUUGAUUUUCAACUUCUCUUACUAAUGAGCCAGGAAAAAACACCCUCCUUUAAUGAAUUGACAGGUGUUCCUUGGGUUAGAGUCUUUUUGGCUGUGUUGUCAUGGCUACAGAUGAAAUCCUGUUUGUAUGUUACACUGACACUUCUUAUUUUCAGGCAACAUCUUAAGACUUCUGUAAUGCAGGAGAAUGGAUAGUGGAGUUUGGAAGCAGCAUGUCCAAACUCCAUCAGCACAUCCCAUAGAUGUCCAAUCCAUCAGCACAUCCCAUAGAACAGAUCCAGUAGGAGAAAAUUCUCAUCCUAUCUCCUGCUAACUGCUCAAGGCUGUUUAAUUUCAAAAUAUUACUUCAGUCUUGAGUGCUAUUUGCCCUGUGUCACAUCAAACAUGUUCCAUAAUUUUUAAUCUGUUUGGGCUUAUUUGCAGUUUUUUGAAUUAGUGGUUGACUGUGGGAUUUGGAGUUGUGCAAAGAAGGAAAUGUUUUCAAUUCUCCUAUUUCUGUUUGCAUCUCUCAUUACCAGUUCAGCCAACCUCUCUCAGUAAGCUGGGAGGCAGCACUAGAAAUCAGCACAAUAGUUUUCAAAAUGUGAAAAGGAGAGGUCUGUAGCAGUCAGAUUUUGAAUGCUGACAUCUCUUGAACUUCUAAUGAGAGUUUGGACAUGGAUUCAGAUGGGGCCAGGACCUUACCCUGUGUGUAUCAGGAUAGGUAUGCUGCUCUUUUGACUUGGUCAUGCUUUAGAUGUUCAUGUGAAGUUUUUUGCAAGGUGAGCUGUGCUGUUAAAGCAUUAGAAAGAGUAUAAGGUCUCUUCAGGGAUUUUAAGUAUCUUUAGUUUUGCUUGUUGACAUUUUGGUCUUUUUCACUGAAAAUUAGAGCUCAGAAUCAUGUCUGUACCUGUCUCUUUUUUUCCUUUCUUUUUCUUUCUUUUCUUUCCAUUUUUACAAACGCACAUUCAGAGAUUUCUGUAGGUUGCUGCUGUAUGCAUAGCUGGAGAAUCAUUUGCAAACAGAUGGUAGCUGUACCUGUAUGUUCAAGUCUGAAGGUCACAGUCUGUGUUUGGCUGCUCGCAGUAGUGGGUGAAAUGAGUUCAGAUCUACAGUUGAGGGCAGAAGCUAACCCUCAGGGUCUGUAUCUUUAACCCAACUGCCACUAGAAUAUUUAUCUCACUUUUGUAAAGAGCAGAUUUUAUCAAAGCACCGGUUGUUGUUUUCAUCUUUGCUCCAGUAAUCAAGAUAAGAGUAAUAAUUUACCUUCUUUCUGAAUUUGCUCUUAACUGUUGGAAUGUAAUCUCUUCUCCCACAGGUUUUUCUGUUUUCAAACACUGGAAGAGCAAUUUUGUAACUUAGAAAAAUAUUUUACUUGGGGUCAUUAAUCACUUGUUUUGUCAUGCACUUGAUUCUUAUUUGUGGUCUUUUCAACAAGAGCAUUUGAAGGAUGACCUGAGUUCUGUCUGUCUCCUGUUAGACUCCACCUUGCUGAAUCCUUGUACCCAGACCCCCAAUGCUAGUGUGUCACCUUUGUCCCCUCAAUAAAUCUUCCCUAAGAGAGGGGCUGCAAAUAGUUGCAAAUGCUAGUGGAAUUUGAAAUAUCCUUUGGGAACUGAGGAGAGCAGAGCCUAGCCAUAACUCUGUUUUCCUUUCUGGAUGUUUUUGUACUUUGUCUUCAAAUACAGUCAGACAUCCAAAUGCUCAUAUAGUUAACUCUGGCUUUUCCCUGUUUUUAACCAGAGGACUGAACAGUGUGUGUGGGUGGGGGGUCUUUCUUUUUUUUCUUUAUUUUUUUUCUUAAGUAAUUCAGUAAUGGGUAUAAUUCUUGCUUCCUAGAAAGAUGUUUUAAAUGCUGUAUACUUGCUUCCUGAAGAUGAUAUUGAGUAUAUAUAAAUUGUACUGGCUUAGCAGAAGAGGCUUGCAAAGCAGGCUGACCAUUGACUAUGUUUUAUACUUACAUUUUGAGCAGUAUAUUAAUGGGCAUGACAAGAAUUUCACAAGAUAAAUCCCUUCUUAAUGCUGAGAAGAGGGGAGCUGCUUAGAGGAGAAAGGAAUUAAUAGCCUUUCUCUUUACAGGAUCCUUUUCUCCUCUUAGUGCAUGUAACUCCCUAUUCAGGAUCAUGGGAUUAGUGCAUGUACAUCAAGGGGAGAAUAAUCAACAUGUCAUAUUUUCUUAUCAUAACUUAUUGGUCAUGCUUUCUUUUUGAAAAUACAAUAAAUACAUCAUCAGAUACUUAAAUUUUGCUCUUCUAAACAGACAUAUCAGUAACCACUUGAAAAACUGAAACCUACAGCAGUGCACAAAAGCAGUACAAAACCAACACCAAUCUCUUCAUUUUGGAUUUUCUCUCUAAUAGGGGUUUUUAUACACGCGCGCGCACACGUACACAGAGUAUGUAUAAAUUAAAAUGACUGGAAAUAGCUGAAGUUAAUGUUACUAAUGAAGAUUAGCAGGUGGAUUGGAUUGGAAAAGUGAACAUAGAUUUUAUAUCUUAUUUUCUUCUGGUUUAAUAGAGCAUAGCUUGUAUAUUUGACUACCAAGCCCUUUAAGAGCAAUAAUAAACAAAAAUAUAUCAUG